AUGUCUACUGAUUUGAUUGCUGAAAUGGCAUCUUGUCCACAACAUAGUUAUUUAUUUAGGCAGUCCACUUCUUCUGCUCCAGAGACUACUGUUUCUUUUAACACAGUUUCUGUGGGGACUACAUUACCGACAUGUGAAGUCACAGCUAUUUCAAUAGUUACAACAUCGACCACAACCAGUCGACCGAUUACCAGCUGUACAACUAGUUUAGCUGUUGAAAGCAGCACAACCAGUUCAGUACAAACAAUUGUUGGAGCUGAUGAAUUAAUUGCUUCAUCUAAUGAAUCAAGCAUUAAAUCAAAUACAGGAAAGAAAUCAGGACAUGUUUCAAAAGACAAUCUGGAAAAAUUGUAUGAUGAUGGUGAUAAACGAUAUUUAAGCAAAGAGCAUCCCUCAACAAGUCAAAAGUUUUGUCCUAAUCCACCAAAACGAAGUGUAAGCCUGACAAGUAAACAGUCUCAAAGAAGUGCCAACAAAUCUGAUGAUCUCCCAGACGGAACAGAAACUGACGAAGUAGUCGAUAUCGAACCAAAUGAAUACGUUGACUCAACUUCAGUUAAAUCGAUCAAAUCAAACCAAAUGGAUUUAAUUACAGAUAUUACUCAAACUAUCCAAGAAUUGCACAAUGAAACCGCUAACACACAUAAAUCAUAUGAUAAAGUUCAUUCUGCAACACUUGGACGUCUUCCUUCAUCAUCAUCUUCAAAAUUAGAGUUAAAAUCAUUAUUACCUGGUUCAUCUGUAACACUACCAGCAAAUUCAUCAACCACAUCGAAUAAUCCACGUUCUGCUUUAAAAAGUUCUGAUAAAACUGGUCCAAAAGUUAAUAAACAUUUGCGCUUCACUACUCUGACAAUUAUUGCAUUACUAUUGAUGUUAGCCAUUGUUAUCGCGAGUCCAGAUGGUAUGGGAUCACUGAAUGAUGCUAAAUCUAUGACUGAAACGUCUAUUGUCUUCCAAUCAAAUGAUCAACCAGUCAAAAUGGUCAGAUAUAAUGUGAUUAAGGCAAAUAUAUAUCGAUCUACUGCUAAUACUGCUUCUACCAGUACUGGCUCUUCAAGUAUGGUGCUUGAAAGUUCUAACAAGGAGUCUAAAACCCAAUUAAAGAAUAGUCCACUAAAACCAAAGGAAAAUAAUUUAGAAUCUACUUCAACAUCUCAGUUUGUACACGUAACAAUUUGGUUACCGAAAAAGAUGAUACCGACUGGUGAACCGAAUCAAGAUGAAUCUUCUAAUUGGAACAAAAAUAAGAAACAACCUAAUUUGACUCCUCAAACUAUACAAUUAUGGUUGAAUCAAUCUAGUGGGACGGAAGUUCGUAUAGCUGAACCCAUUAAACGCAGUUCAAUUCAUAUAUAUGAUGUGGUUGAUACUCGGCAUAUACUUGGUACACGAAUCUGUCGUCAACGGUAUGCUUGUGAACAUUCUUGUGAUCCAGGUGCUGGACAUGCAUGCAUUUGUCAACGUGGUUAUCGUUUGGCUGGACCAAAAGAUCGAGCACGUUUAGCAUCGAUUGGGGAUCGUAUCGGUAAUAUGGCAUUGGAGAAUGUACAAGGUCGAAUAUGUUUAGAUAUUGAUGAAUGUGAUAAACCUUCUUUACGUCGAGAAUGUGCACGUUUAGGAGGGGUAUGUACAAAUCGUCCUGGAGAUUAUGCUUGCUUGUGUCCAUCUGGUCAACCAUGUAUUGCUUGUGAUACUAAUUGUCCUAAAGGUUAUUGGAUGUCUGGUAUUUGUGGAAGGAAUCAAUCAGUUGAAUGUAAACGCUGUUCAACUUCCUGCCCACCUGGGAUGUAUGAGUAUAAACCGUGUACGCAACAUUCUGACAGGGUAUGCCGAGCCUGUCGUCCACUUUGCAUUUCUGAAGAAUUUGAAUUGUCUCCUUGUAAAGGAUCAAGUAAUCGUAUAUGUAAACGUAAAGAUCUCAUACCUGAAUUAGUUGUUCCGUAUAAGAAAAAUGUUUGGUUUGAAAAUCGUAAAAAAGUGCAAGAGGCCACAGUCACAUUACAUCCAGAUGAUGUUGGACGUUUACCAUUGAAUAAAUCUAUAAUCAUAGAUCGUGGAUCUGGUUCGUUAGAUUUUGAUAUACUUAAUUUAAUGCCAGUUCUGGGUCCAGUCGAUCAUUCAUCAAGUAAUGAUAACCAUCUGUUUUUAUCAGCUGCAUCAUUAAUGGAUCAAUCAUUGUUGGAACCAGAUUCUUACAGAUGGUCUUCUGCUACUGGUCAAUAUCAUACAGUUCAUGCUUAUUCAUUGAAAGCAAAUAAUACCUUAUCUAAAUUAUGUCCAUAUCCAGUUCCACCGUUAUAUCGUUUAGGAAUGCGUGUUUAUCGGAAUGUUACCACUGCAACAGUACCCGAUGCAAGUCUACCUGGACAUCGGCCAGUAUUAGCCAGUUGUAGAACAUAUAAACAACAUGGAUAUUUCCCACCAUUAGAGUUAGAUGGAUUUCAGUCGGAAUCAGAACAUUAUACUCAAGCAUUUAGUUCAGAGUCUAAAAGUAUUUAUGAUCAGCCUAAAACUGGUACAAAUGGAAAUCCGACCCCGGCUGUUGUUGCUUGUUUAGAACCUGGUCGAUUACCAUCAAUAUUUGGAUCACAUUGGAAUGCUGAACUUGCAUCACCGCGUUCUAUUUAUUAUGAAGAGAAGCAACUUUGUGGUCAACUUAAACUAGACUGUCAACAUUGUUUGCAUCGAGCUGCAGAUAAUGGACGUUCACCGCGUUUAGAAACAUGCUUUGAUUGUUGUGCACGAGAUAAUUGCACUGAUGUAUGUGAUAAAUAUCCUGCACACCGUUGUCACGUUCAACUUUGUAGUCAUGGUUUACGACUGGAUUUCUCACUUAUUCCAGAAUGGCCUAAACAAGGUGAAUUUUUAUGUCAUGUUCAGCCAGCUCCAAGUAGACCGAUUUAUCGUCUUCAGUGGACUUUAUUAUAUCAAGGUAGACCACUUACACCAGAUCGAUUUCCGGCAUCACUUGUACUACCAUUAAGUUCAAUAACAAAUGAGAAUUCUGAUAAAAAUGGAGUUAAUUCAAACAUAAAUGGAUGGAAUUUAGCCGAUGGAUUAAUUGGUACUAGUGGUAGUACUAUAACACAAACCUACAGAAGUUUGUUGAAUAUUCAGUAUACAUCAGGACUGGAGCAUUUACCUGAUAUAAUUGGUGGCACUGAUACAAUGCAGAGCGCGUAUUUUUGGAGUAAACAGACUAUACCGUUAGUUAGUGGGAGCGGAACGGGUAUUACGUAUGACCCAAUAACAUCAUAUUCCUCACCGAGUCCAUCACCAUCAGAUCGAUUUUAUUCAAAUGCAAUGUUAUACACACCAUCAGGAGUAUCAAACGAAAUUGCCGGUAUACAAGUAUGGCCUUCACAGCCAUUAAAAGUGAGUACAUCCGCUUGGACGCGUUUAAGUGGUGCACCUUGUGCAACAGCUGAACCGUUAAUUGAACAACUGAAUAUUUAUACUCCGGCAUUGCCACCGUAUAUAGCGAUGGGUGAAGUAAAGGUUGAAUAUCUGGGCAAUUACAUGUAUGCUGUUUCCCACUCAAGAAUUAAACCAAAACUGAGCUUCAGUUUACCUAAAUCAACAUCGUUACUUGGUGCAGUAUUUUAUCCAACCUCUGUAGAACGUGGUCAUUAUCUUCGAGCUAGUCUGGCUUUGGCAUGGUUAACCGAUUCUGAAAUAAGACACAAUGAUAUUCUCACGGACAAUAAUGUAGACGAUGAUAAUGAUGAUGGACGAAAUGAUAAUAUAAAUGCUAGUAAUUCCAAUUAUUUAACACGAAAUCGUCAAAAUACCCAAUCACAAACCUCGUCCCCUGACGCCAUCGUUGAGAUCGAAGAUAAUGCCAGUGACGAUAUUGAUGUUGACAAUUUAAAUACUGGACUUGAUUUAAACGGUAAGAUAUCUGAGGAGGAACCAUUAUUGGACUACGAUGUUGGAGUUUUCGAAGAACGUAAAUUCCAGGUUCGAAUAUUAAUACCUGGUCCAACUAUUGAACCAGAUUAUGAGAAAUCUUUCCGUUUGGUUAUCCUGGAUGCUAGCAAUCGUUUAGAUAUUCGAGUUAAACGAGCUAUUCAACCGCUAGAUGAAAUGGCUUUACGAAAGACUUACGGGCAAUUAUCUGAUGGUGAUGGUCGUCCAACUUUAGUUGAUCUACUACCAAGUUUAGCUGCACGUCAACAGGCAAUACAGGAUAGUCUAUCAAAAAAAACUUCAUUAAAAGAUGAUUACAAAAAUGAAAAUUCAGAUGAAUACAGAUUAGCUAAGCGAAAUAUUAAUUCAGAACCAAAAGAUCAGUCAUCAUCAUCAUCAUCAUCAUCAUAUCUAACCAAGAAUACGUUUGGACCAUCAUCCGCACUUGUCUAUUCAGUAAUUGGUAUACUUCUAUUACUUUCAAUCAUAUUAUUUAUUGGAUUUGUCACCGAACCUGAUCCUACUAUGGCUUGGGUUAGAUUGGGUCCAAUUGAUAGUCAAUCAAAUUUAGACGGCGAUCGUGUAGCUCUAGUCUCUAAUCCAAUUCGUCAUCAUUAUAACAGUUGUAUAUCACGUUGGUUUCGUGUAUUUCUACUUAUGAGUUACUUGUGUUUGAAAUCGGCUUAUACAUUUGGAGUGACGCUAACAGCCUUAGCAAUUAUUAUUCGUUAUAUGACAUGUGAAUAUGCUAAUAAAUUAGGUAAUUUGCCUGAAUGGAAUAGUUUAAAUGAUCAAUCUGGUCAAAUAAUGGGUACAAGUUUGACAAGACAAAAAUUAUUACAAGAUGCUAUGGAUAUUCAUUUGAAAAACGAAUUAAUUAGACAGCAAACAGAAGUCAAACGGUUGCGCAAUAUCUGUGAUCGUAGUGUUGAAGCUAUGUUUGAACAAAUGAAUAAACGUUUAGAUUCUAUAUCAAGUUUAUCAGCAUCGAGACGUAGUCGAGUACUUCUAUCUCAAGCAGUAGCUGAAUUAGCACGAGCUACUGCCACAGCAUCUGCUUUACAAUUAGCUGAAGGUUUAAUUGCAUUUAAUGAAACUGCUGAAUGGGCUAUGAAUCGUCUUCAAGCAGAUUUAGUCGAAACUGAAAGAGCAUUAGGAAAUUCAGAUUGGCUUACAGGUGCUCGUAUUAUCUACUCCGAAGUAGUUCGUCUACGAGCACUUACACCAGAUCCAAAUGAUCCAACACGUUCAUUUUUAGCAUGGACUAAAUUAAUUUCAGCAGAAACUAAUUUCAAUAACAUUAAAGGACCCCAACUUUCAUUACCUGUUAAUUUACCAUCAUUAGAACCGGAACAAUUUGUUAUACCAACACCUACAAUAAAACGCAGUCAAGCGACUCAUGGAAAAUUAUCUAGUUCCGACGAACCGGAAUAUGGACCAGUUUAUGUUCCAUUUGUAUCUCAACUGUUAGAUGUUGAGACAAGUGGGGAAUUCUGGUCACCGUAUCAUGUUGAAAAUUCCUUAUCAGAUGUAGGUGGAGUCAAUGAUUUAUCAGAUAAAUCAAGAAAUAACGACGUGAACUCACUGGAAAUAAAAGAUUCAAAUGAAACUACAAAUACCGCCACUGCUAUCACUGCCAGUAAUGAUGAUGAUAGGGAUAGUGGUGAUUUAUCAAAAUCGACCAAUGAAGGGAAUUGGAUAUUUUCAGAUUUUGAUUUAAAUUGGGUGCAUAUUUUAGGCGUGGCUUUAUUUUUGGAUGCAUUAUGGCUUAUUCACAGAGUACUACACACUGUAGAUACUGCUGAACGUAUAUUAUACGGUGAUGUUGUAUUCAUUGACCUUACUGAAGAAGGUCUUAGACGUCGAAUGAGAGAAAGAAACAAACUACAAAAAGGGUUUAAACAUGCGUUUCAAACAAUUAUGCAGCCUAGUACAAUCCGGAAAUUAUGUGCUAGUGUCAUUGCACUUCUGAUUGUAACUCAAGCUUCUGCACAUUUAGACAGACUAUUAUCACAAGAGAUGUUAGACUAUAUUGGAUACUAUGAUAAUUUGGUUCUUCCUGUUCAUUUACAUGCUCGUCUUGUAAAUGUCCAUGUGACACGUUCAGCUCAACGUUUGAAUCAAUAUGAAUUAACAAGUUUAGAAUCAGAAGUUAGUCGUCGAUCAAGAGAAACACAAUUCUUACUCCAUCAAUGGACUCUUUGGUUAAAUGAUGUUGAGCAAGAACAAUGUCGUUUACUACUGGCAUAUAAAGCUGCUGCUCAAAAUUUACGAACUAAAAUGUUAGCACAAUUAAAUCGUAACUCAGCAUUAGCUAAAUUAAAUCUUCCUAUUCAUAUGAUAAAUAAAGAAAAACAACCAUCAACUUCUGAUUGGAAUCAUCAUUCUUCAUUUACACUCGAUGAUAUUAAAAGACAUAAUGAAUAUUCAGUUGCAGAUGCUAUAGUACCAAAACACUGUCGUAUGACACAAUCUGAACGUGAUAUAGAAUUAGCGGAAGCUCGUCGACUCGAUAUACCUUACUGUCCAUUGAAACCGAUUGUCCCAAAAUUGUUUAAAGAUUAUAAUGCUUCAUUAUAUUUUACUGAAGUUGUAUUACAAUCAGAGAAUUGGUUAUCUACAGCACGCGACUAUUUAGGUCGUUUCUUAUUUUGUGUAUUUAUUUAUGUUAGUGCUAUUGUUUUAUGGAAUACAAUGGGUUCAGUUAUAUGGCUUAUUUUAAAUAGACUUAAUCUUUUACCGCAAAAAGUAUUAUUCAAAUCCGAUGUUACUAGUUGGCAACCAAUCGAUGUACCACAACAAUUGUGA